AAACCGCAAAGCUAACACAACAUCAAUGCCAUAUUGGCAAAACGCGGCGACAGAAUUACUCACAAACUUUCGGCAAUCAUGUUUGUCCCCCAGUACCUGCGGAAGGUGAGUAAGAACAUAGUUUCGUUGGCAAAUGCUAAAUAGUCUCAAGGUCACGAUGGUUGGCCUUCAGCUCGGAGGCAGGCCGCGCGUCUCGGACAUGGCAUCGUGGAGAAGGGACCUUCAGACGAUGCUUCUGGCUUAUGGCAGAAUGGACAUCCGUCCCUGCAAAGACGUAUGGAUACAAGACCCAGCAAGUGGUACUUGUUCCCACUUUGUCGACCCCCUCUGCCUCGAGCAAGCCGUCUAUGCCACCCACGCCAAGGAGCUGUACCGCGAAGUGACCUUGGAUGGCAAAAGCAUCGAGACUUUGUGGAAGGGCUGCGGCUUGAAUGAUGACGACGAGCUUCCCGACCAGUCUGUGCUGGAUCUUUUGUCUGACGAGAAGCCGACUCCGCUUGGCCACAUUUCUAUAUCCUACCUCUCUGCCGUCCGAAAACUUCUCCUGAUGGGACACUGCUCGUCUCUGUACCUCCGUACCGGCCAUGCGGCAGACUGGCAUCCUGCCUCCGUCCCAAGACACCUCUCGACUCUCACGGAGGAGCUUGGUAUCAGUGCUCUCUUUUGUGACGUCGAGAACCUCGUUAUUGGUGAAGAGUACAUGGAGUAUAUCUUGAAGGCGCUAGAGAAUGACACGGGAUCCGAGACUUCUUUGGGAAUAAAUUCCAAAUACAUCCCUCAAUAUGUCCCCAUCGUCUGCAUCCACUGGCCCGACUACUCUCGAAGCGAGAUGCUUGGAGAUGAGCUGAAAACCCUUAUCACCUCCCCGAGUCCGCUCCUAGCAUGCUACGAGCUCGUCAUCCACAAUGCCAAACUCGAUCAGAUUCCACCUAUCCUGGGUCCCGAGCUUGUCCUUGACCUCGCUCCUGCGGUGUAUCACGAGGGAGUGGAUUGCGAGUAUCACAUAGGCCACACACAGGAGGUUGCAUGUUUACGAUGGCUGUCGAGAUACCUCAAAGACGUGGCUCGGGUGGACUAUAGAGGCCAACUUGACAUCACGUUCGCCAACCUAUUCACAUGGAAGCCUAGCACUCCCAACUCCGUCUUACGCUACAACACCGACGUCGAAUUGGGUGGUGACAGUUGGCACGACGACACUGCUGAAGUCAUCGACGACACUGCUGAAGUCAUCGACGACGCUGCUUGUGGGUUUAGCGAUGAAGAGCAGAUGGUGCUUGAAGAUUUCUUCCCCCGCGAUAUGGGCCCGCGACACUGUCCUUGCUGUGCUCCUUUUGUGCCACGGGGUGAAGUUGACCUCUGGCACUAUGUAGGUGCCAAGAAUAAGAAGGGAAAGGUAUACGAUAGGGUGUCGAAAGAAAACGUAUACGACAGGAUCUUUAGGGACUUUGGGCUCUGA